AUGGCAAGUGCGCGCUUUCUCUGGAACCUCUGCUUGCUUGUAAUCAUCAGAAAUACCAUCGGUGUGCUGGGAAGUGUUACAACAGCAGAUGUAGAUGAGUGUUCCGAGGGCACGGACGACUGCCACAUUGAUGCUCUCUGUCAGAAUACCCCAAAGUCAUUUAAGUGUAUCUGUAAGACUGGCUACAAGGGUGAUGGCAAGCACUGUGAAGAUAUGGAUGAGUGUGAUAAUGACUACAACGGUGGUUGUGUGCACGACUGCAUCAACAUCCCUGGAAACUACAGGUGCAUGUGCUAUGAUGGCUUCAUGCUGGCAGAUGAUGGACACAACUGUUUAGAUGUGGACGAGUGUCAGGACAACAAUGGUGGAUGCCAGCAAAUCUGUGUGAACACCAUGGGUAGCUACGAGUGCCAGUGCAAGGAGGGUUUCUUCCUGAGUGACAACCAACACACCUGCAUUCAUCGAUCUGAAGAUGGAAUGAACUGCAUGAAUAAGGACCAUGGCUGUGCUCACAUCUGUAGAGAGAGUCCUAAAGGUGGUGUGUCAUGCGAGUGCAGACCAGGGUUUGAACUGGCCGAGAACCAGCAGGACUGCAGAUUGACGUGUAACUAUGGGAAUGGAGGCUGCCAGCACACUUGUGAUGACACAGAAAUGGGACCGGUGUGCGGGUGCCACCAGAAAUACGCCCUGCACUCUGACAGCAAGACCUGCAUUGAGAAAGAUGAGGCUGCAAUUGAGAGCUCUGAGUUCAAUACCACGUCAGUAGCUGAUGUGGACAAGCGGGUGAAACGGCGUCUACUUAUGGAGACCUGUGCUGUAAAUAAUGGAGGAUGUGAUCGCACGUGUAAAGACACGGCCACUGGAGUACGCUGCAGCUGUCCUGUCGGCUUCACCCUGCAACCUGAUGGCAAGACUUGUAAAGAUAUAGAUGAGUGUCUGGAGAAUAAUGGUGGCUGUGACCACUUAUGUAGAAACACAAUUGGCAGCUUUGAGUGCAGUUGUCAGAAAGGCCACAAGCUCCUGACCAAUGAACGGACUUGUCAAGAUAUUGACGAGUGCUCAUUUGAGAGGGCCUGUGAUCACAUAUGUAUGAACUACCCAGGAAGCUUUGAAUGUCUGUGCCACAAAGGCUACACUCUCUAUGGCUUUACACACUGUGGAGAUAUUGAUGAGUGCAGCAUUAAUAAUGGGCGCUGUGAGUAUGGCUGCUUGAACACACAGGGCAGUUAUGAGUGUGUGUGCCCUCCUGGGCAGAAGCUUCACUGGAACAAGAAAGACUGUGUUGAGGCAGCGAGUUGUUUGCCCAAUGGGAAGCCAGCUCCUCGUGCCCUGCUGAGCUGCACCAAGACGGCCGGAGUGGAGGCGUGUUCCCUGUCCUGUCCGUCAAACGCCCUCUUCCUGGCAGACUCAGAAAAUAGUUACACUCUGAGUUGUGGAGUACCAGUUCAACCAGGCAAAGCAGUACCAAAGAAAAACACCACCACUACCUCUACCACCUCGCUUCAACAGACCUGUACAGAAACACUGGCCCAACCUAUUAAGCAGAAGGCACGGUUUAAGAUUAAGGAUGCUAAGUGUCAUUUGAGACCCCGCAACAAGUACAGAGAUGUGGCCAAGCACAGUCUACAAGCUCCAUUUCCAUGCACAGAUGACUGCCAAGUAACAUUUGUGAAUCUAAAGUGUGAGUCUUCUAAAAAGCGCCGGCGUGGCCGGAAAUCUCCAACCAAAGAAGUCUCACACAUCACUGCUGAGUUUGAGAUGGAAAUGAAGGAGGAGGAGGCCUCUGAAUCCUGUAAUGUGGACUGUGUGCGGGAGAGGACGAAGCAGAGGUUGCAGAGCACGCUGCGGACAUUGAGAAAGUCCAUCUCCAAGCAGCAAUUCUACAUUCAAUUUUCAGGCACGGCAUACGAAGUGGCACAACGUGCUGCCCGUCAGCCUGAGGGAGCAGAAAGCUGCAGCACGGGACAGGUGCUCACCGACGGCAAGUGUGUCAGCUGUGGUGCAGGAACCUUCUACAGUGGUGAGCAGGAGAAGUGUGUGCAGUGUUCUUCAGGAACCUAUCAGGACAUGGAGGGACAGUUGUCCUGUGAGCCUUGCCCCAGCGCUCAGUCUCAGGGCAUCACAGGAGCCAAAAAUGUCUCAGAAUGUGGAGGUCAGUGUCCUGCUGGUCAGUUCUCAGCAGAUGGUUUUCACCCAUGUCAACCGUGCCCAAUAGGCACAUUCCAGCCGGAGCCUGGCCGUGUACUUUGCUUCCCCUGUGGAGGAGGAAUCAUGACCAAACACAGCGGAAGCAUGUCUUUUAGAGAUUGUGAGGCCAAAGUGCACUGUGCUUCAGGACACUACUACAACUCCAGCACACACCGCUGUAUCCGAUGUCCUGUUGGCACCUAUCAAUCUGAGUUUGGGCAGAAUUAUUGCAUCACCUGUCCAGGAAACACCACCACAGACUUUGAUGGAGCUACAAAUGUCAGUCAGUGCAAAAACCACGUGUGUGGAGGAGAGCUGGGAGAUUUUAUGGGUUAUAUUGAGUCCCCCAACUAUCCUGGUGAUUACCCAUCUAAUGUAGACUGUGUGUGGACUAUCAAUCCUCCAAACAAGAGGCGGAUCCUUAUCGUGGUGCCUGAAAUUUUCCUUCCUAUUGAGGAUGAGUGUGGGGAUGUUCUUGUCAUGAGAAAGAGUGCCCAGCCGACAUCCAUAACAACAUAUGAGACAUGUCAGACUUAUGAGCGACCAAUUGCUUUCACUUCCCGCUCUCGCAAACUCUGGAUCCAGUUCAAGUCCAAUGAGGGCAACAGCGGCAAGGGCUUUCAAGUGCCCUACGUCACCUACGACGAGGAUUACCAGCAGCUCAUAGAGGAUAUUGUUCGGGAUGGACGACUCUACGCGUCAGAGAAUCACCAGGAGAUAUUAAAAGAUAAGAAGCUUAUUAAGGCUCUGUUUGAUGUCCUGGCUCACCCUCAUAACUAUUUCAAGUACACAGUUCAGGAAUCCAAAGAGAUGUUCCCCCGUUCCUUCAUCAGGCUGCUACGCUCCAAAGUCACAAGGUUUCUACGGCCUUACAAAUAGAAACCUUUUCCCCCUCACUCGACUCUUUUCUCAUUUCUUUUAAUAUGCCUUUCUUCAUAUUCCUAAAACACUCGACUGCUUUUCUCUCUUUCUCUGUCCCUCUGGAAGGUUUAAAUUGCUAGCUAAAUCCCAGAAUGCCUCGCUUCUAUAUAAAGUGGAGGUCUGGUUUUCCUCCUACCUCUCAUCUGGACUCCUGCUUUUUUCCAUUUUUUAUUUCUGUAAUUCUCUGUUACUUUUUUUUAUGCUUCGUUUUGACAUGCAAAGACCCACUUUCUGGAAGUUGAAUAUCUAUAUGUUUGUAUAUGUAUGUAUGUAUGUAUGUUUGUAUGUAUAUGCAUAUGUGUGUUAGUGCAAGCCUGUGUAAUGCAGGUGUACUGUACAUUUAUUCACACACAGAUAUAAGGUAUAUUAUUUUUUUAAAAAUGUCAUGCCCCAGACAUGCACAAAAUUGCUUUAUUGAAAUGACUGGUGUGCACUUAAAGAUUUAUUUUACUAAAACAUUAUU